AUGUAUUAUUGUGUCUAUCACAGAGGGGAUUAUGAGACAGCGUUGGUCCUCUACCAUCGUGCGGCUACUGCGGAUCCUCGAGACACCAGUCAUAAUGCAGCCGCUUAUACAACGUCCAGAGCCAUACGCUUAGCGACUUCUGCUGCUGGAGAUGCCAAAACUAAAACUAGUUAUUUGCAAAAAGCUGUGCAGAAAAUGAUAAAAAGUCAUUCUGUGUUGCCGUCAACGUUAUGUCCGCCUGAUAUCGCCACCGAAAUUCUCAGCAAAUCUCAACAUCCACUUGAUGAUGUCAGCACUAUUCUCAAGUGCCUGGAUUCACAAGUUAGCUUUUCCGGAGACUGCGUAAAAAAUGCGACUAAAGCCCGAAUCCGAAAAUCGAGUGCCUCGAAAUUGAUGCUCAAGCGAAAGUUAAGCCAAAAUGUGGAUUCGGCUUUUAGAUUUAGGUUUGUAGAUAUCAGAAGGUCCUUCGCUGCCGGCGAUUGGGAUAAAACCAUCGAGAUAGGACGAAAUUUGUUGCUGCAAAAGAAGAUUAUAAAGGACUGUAAUUGUGUGGUAAAUAUUUAUCGAUAUGUCGCGUUGGCUUUUGUUGGAAAGAAGAGACAUGAUCAUGCGAUCGUCGAAGUUUCGAAAAUGAUACAGACAGCUAAGCAGUCAAAUGAUGUUAAACUGGUAUCUCGAUCACUUGCAGUACUUGGGAAAGUCCAUCUGACCUUUGGACAUGUGUAUGCAGUUGCUAAAGCAUGGGAGAGACUGAAUUCGGAUAUUACGGAGCCUAUAGUGAAAGCUUGGUUGGUUCAUGAAAUUGGUAGAUGCUAUUUCGAGAUGUCUCACUUUACGAAAGCAUUGGAGCUUGCCAGAAGAUGUGUUUCAUCUUCAGAACAAGCGCAAUCAGGAAAAUGGUUGUGUUAUGGUAAACUUCUUGCUGGACAAGCGCUUGUUGAACUCGGUCAAUUAACCCGAGCCCUUGAAUCUCUGAAAUUAGUCGCCGAAAUGGCCAGCAAAGAAAUAAAUGACGACAAUUUGUUAAUUUAUGUCAAGAAUUUGAUUGAGAAAAUCUAUUUCGUUCAGCGAGAAACAUUUAAUCGUCGCAAUUCGAAUGUAAUUGAAAAUUCUGUUAAAUCGUUAUCGUUUAGUGGUGAAAGUAUGAAAAAAAAAAAUGCUGACCUUUUGAGAAAAGUUGAUGACAAAUUGAAUCAACAGAGCGUUAAUAAAAAUAACGGAUCUCGUUUCGUCGAUAAGUGGAGAAGAGCUUUAACUGAAAGUAAGAGGACAAUGAUAAAAUCUGAGUCUUGUGACUUUUACUCGACUAAUGUGGUUACGGAAAACGAUUUUAAGACAGGACCAGUUUUUCUUGCACUUGACGAUUUAGAGAAAGAAAAUGGGACGGAGUAUCAGCGACAGGAAAUAGCUGACGGGAAAGAGAAGCUGAGAGAACAAGGACAAGAAGGAUAUAGUCUGGCGACGUUAUCAGAUAAAAUGUCACCAGGACUUACAAAACUUGAAUCUUUGAAACUAUCGUAUCAAAUGAAAGUAAAAGAUAAUAAAAAGUUCAAACUUGAGGAGUGUUUCCAAAUGGACGAAGAUCACUCUGAUAAGUCUAUCUCAACAAAUAGAACUUAUGAUGUAACAAAAUAA